AUGAUUGUUUGCACAUUACAGUUUGGACACGCUUUGCAACAUUUGCUAACUACGGUCUACGGUCUACGGGAGUAUUCUGCCGGAUUGUCGUUUGUGGAAUGGGACGCGGUAUUCAUUUGCGAUUUCUUUAUGGAGAACUGGUUGUACGAAACAUUCAUGUUGCAAAAAAUUUCCAAACAUUACGAAACAAAGCAGCCAUUACCUGCGGAAGCUAUCGAGAGCAUUAAAAGAAUGAGGUCGCACUUGGCCGGUUAUAAACUUUGCAAAGAACUUUACUUGUCACAUUUAGAUCUGGAGCUGCAUUCCAGUGGAAUGUUUUGGGUGCCUAUGAUGAAACGCUUGUGGCCAAAAAUUUCGUAUUGCCUCUCGAAAAAAGGGACGUUCAUGUUUGCAACUUUGAAGCUAUAUGGAGCAGUAAUUGGGCGGCCGCGUAUUUCAGCAAAGUUUGGUUCGAGAUGAUUGCUGCCGAUUUAUACACGGCUUUCCAGGAGGUCAAGUCCAACGAAUAUUGCAGCAGAAGGAGUUGGGUGCGAGAUUCCGUAACACAUUUUUGUCCUUGGGCGGCAGUUAUCCUGCUGCUGAAGUAUUUAAGAAAUUCAGGGGAAGGGAUCCGAGCUCGCAGGCGUUACUGGACAAUCUCGGGUUAACGCGAGCGACGAAGGAAAUCAAGUGAUGCGAUUACAUGAUUAGAUAGAAUACUACUCUUCAAGAGUGCGCAAAAAUAACGAUGAAUCCUGUAUAGUAAUAGAUAAUUGUUACCUCGAUCUAUACAUAACAUAGAUCCAGGAAUUAAUUGAAUUGUGAAGUGGUCAAAUUAAGCAAUAAAUUAUUACUUGUAAAAUAUUACUUGUAAAUUGCUAAAAAACGCGAGUUUUUGUUUAAAUUAAAUAGUGAUAUAUAAAGGAGGUUAAAUAAUUUAAAUAAAAAGAAAUAUUUAGUGUAUUAUAAACAAAUUCCUUUUUCUUGGUACCGUGGUUUUUUUAAUCAAAUGCUUAUAGUAUGCUUUCCCCGCAUACUCUCUUUUUGUCUUAAAUAUAUGUAUGCUCGGAUGGAUUGUUAUAAUUAAUACCUUUCUAAGAAAGCAUAUUAUAAAUUUAUAUA